AUGUAUGUGAAGUGGUUUGAUACAGUAAUGUUUUACUAUGUGAUUUUAGUGAUUUUAGUGAAUGUCACUUUUUGUCAUUUUCAAAUUUCCUGCCGUUCCGUCCCUCGUACGUCCUGACGCUCGCAGGGGACGGAACCCAGAAGACAGAUGCCGGAUCCACCGGAUUACAUUGCCGGGGACACUGCAGGAGGGACAUCGCGGGAGCACAGGACAAGGUAAGAGAUCAAGGGAUCGCAGUGCAGCGCCACAUGGUAAGCCCGAGUGUAGCUCGGGGUUACCGCUUGUGCUACACUCGGGAAUACCGCCAGGGAGGUUA